CGCGGCGCAGCGCGCAAGGGCGAGGGCAGGCGGAGCGAACAGCCGCGCGUGCAGCUUCCGGCAAGGGGUGCAGCAGCGCGGAGGCGGCGGAGGAAGCUCCUCCUUGGGAGGGAAAAUGGAGGCCGACAUUCCAGCCGGCUUCUCACGGCUAGACGUCGACACGCUCGCGCACGUCGCCUCGUUCCUCCCCUGCUCCGAGGUUCUCGGCCUCGACUGUGUCUGCCGCGAGUGGGCGUGCGCCUUCCGCCCACCACGGCUUUCGCUCCACAUCACCCGCGUGUCUCUCCGCGGCACUCCGCUCUCGUCCGCGCUGCGCGCCUUCGCGCGGCGAUUCCCGGCGCUCUCCACCCUCUCGCUCCGCGGCUCGGACGCCUGCGGCCGCGACGUCGGCGUGCUCUGCACGUCCUUCCGGUCACUCAUUUCGCUGGACCUUUCGGGCUGCGAUGCGCUGCAGGACGCGCAUGUUGCCGCGAUCGGCGCGGCGCUGCCACAGCUGCAGAUGCUCUCGCUGAGCGGAUGCCGCGAUGUCUCCGACGCCGGCCUGGCCGCGCUCCUGGCGCACUGCCGCUCUCUUUCAUCUCUGCUGCUCGGGUGGUGUGACAUCUCCGACUUCGGCCUCCUCUCCCUCUCCUCCAUUUCCACUUCCCUCACCUCCCUUGACCUCUCCGGCUGCGCCAUGCUCACUGACCGCGGCGUCGCCGCGCUCAUGCGCCGCUGUCCUCGCCUUGCCUCGCUGCAGCUCGAGGGUUGCAGAGAGGUGUCGGGCUGGGCGCUGGCCACGGUGACGCCACGGCUGCGAGAGCUGACCCUGAGUGGGGCAACACUCGUCACCGACGCGGGCGUGGGGGCUGUGGCGCGGGCCUGCACAGGGCUGCGUCAGAUUGCCCUGCGCCAGUGCCGCUCUAUCUCGGACGCGGCCCUCGCCACACUGGCCGCGCAUUGCGCCUCGCUCACGGCGCUCGACGUCGCCCGCUGCGGCGUCGUGACCGACCGCGGCGUGAGCAAGCUAGCGGCGGGGUGCUCACAGCUGGCCUCGCUGCAACUGGAGGGUCACGCGGACGUGACUGACGCGUCCCUCCAUGCACUUGCCGCCGGCUGCCCCAAGCUUUCGCUCCUCAACUUGUGGGUUUGCUCGAACGUGACCGACGCGGGCGUCGCAGCGCUCGCGCAGGCAUGCCCAAACCUUACUUCUCUCGACGUGCGCCUCUGCAGCAAGGUUGGCGCCGUCGCCGUGAGCGCUCUCGCCGCGCAUUGCCCGAGCCUGACGGCUCUCUACACGGAGCGCGCCGGUCCCGUUGACGACGAGGCAGUCGUCCGUCUCGCGGCCGGCUGCCCGAGGCUCGCUUUGCUCGACCUCGGCAUGCAGGACAACCUCACCGACGCGGCGCUUCUCGCGGUGGCCGAGCGUUGUUCGCAGCUCCGCUCCCUGUCGGUUGCCUAUUGCAAGCAGCUGACCGACGCCGGCCUGAGCACCCUCGUCGCAGCUUGCCCGCAGCUGAGUACGCUCGACCUCAACAAUUGCACUCUCCUCACGCAAACGACGCUCGAGGCCAUAGCCGCGCAUUGCCCCCGACUCCAGUCCCUCGACCUCGGUGGCCAGCCAGGCUCCGGCAGUGGCUCGCUUAGACCCCGUCCCUCACGCCCUCCCGACCCUCUGACACAUUGCGGAGUAGGUUCUGGGCAGCGGCUCGCGACAGACGCAGGGUUGCUCGAGCUCGCCGCCGCUUGCCAUGGUCUCCGCUCACUCAACAUCCGCUACUGUUCCGACGUGUCGGCCGAGGCUGUCGAGCGCAUCAAGGACCUAUUGUGUGCCAACGUGCAGGUACGACAGUAGGGAGCCAUCCUGCUCCUGGGGCCACUGCCCCCCUAGUCACUUCCUCACUCUAUUGCUCAUGCUGCCAGACAGAAGUAAGUCACUUCAGUGUCGCACAGCGUCGAGGUGUGCGAGGUGCGGUGUGCUCGGAGAGUUUAUCUGAUUUGCGGGAGACGGUUGUUCAGAGGUAAACGUCCAUUAAGCU